AUGAAGAAGCGAACAGUGAGUUUUGAGCCUAUUGAUAAUAUGAACCAUUACAGUGCUAUUGUUUCUCGAUCUUUGGUUGAAAAGAAAGAGGAUCCCAGAGCAUUCACUAUUUCUUGGACUAAUAGGUCACUGGAUUUCUCACAAGAAUUGUGUGACUUAGGAGACAGUAUUAAUUUGAUGCCGCUAGUUAUGUACAAGCAGUUGGGGUUAGGGUUACCUAAGCCGACUUCAAUGAGAUUAUUGAUGGCUGAUCAGACUGUGAAGAAACUGGUUGGUAUUUUGUAUAAUGUUUUGGUGAAGGUAGCCUCCUUUAUAUUCCCAGCUGAUUUUGUGAUUGUCAAUUGUGAGGUGGAUUUUAAUAUUCCUAUUAUCUUAAAAAGUCCAUUCCUAUCCACGAGUAGGGUAUUAGUUGGAAUGGUGAUUGGACAUAUGAAAUUCAUGCCCAAUGAUGAACAUGAUACUUUCAAUGUGGGUUACUCGAUGUAUAAGCCAAAUGAUAUGCGUGUGAUGUCUAUGAUAGACACUAUUAAGGAUGAUUAA